AUGAGGCACAAUCAGAUGUGUUGUGAGACACCACCUACUGUCACUGUUCAUGUAAAACCCGGGUCAAAUAGGUCACAUCAGCCUAGAAUUAAUCUCAAGCGUAGUAUUUUUAAAGAUAGUUUGCAAGUUUCUGACAAAAGUACACAUAACAACAACAAAUGCAAACGCCCCAAAGGGCCUUGUCUAGUUAUCCAGCGUCAGGAAAUGACAGCUUUCUUCAAAUUAUUUGAUGACGAUCUAAUUCAAGAUUUCUUAUGGAUGGACUGCUGCUGUAAAAUUGCAGACAAGUAUCUUUUGGCUAUGACCUUUGUUUAUUUCAAGAGAGCUAAAUUUACUAUAAAUGAGCAUACCAGGAUAAAUUUCUUUGUUGCUUUGUAUCUGGCUAAUACAGUUGAAGAAGAUGAAGAAGAAUCCAAAUAUGAAAUUUUUCCAUGGGCUUUAGGGAAAAACUGGAGAAAAUUAUUCCCUAAUUUCUUAAAGUUAAGGGACCAGCUCUGGGAUAGAAUUGACUAUAGGGCUAUUGUAAGCAGGCGAUGCUGUGAGGAGGUCAUGGCCAUCGCACCAACCCAUUAUAUCUGGCAAAGAGAACGUUCUGUACAUCACAGUGGAGCCGUCAGAAACUACAACAGAGAGCAAGUUCAGCUUCCCCGGGGACCUAGUGCCACACCAGUAGACUGCUCACUCUGUGGUAAAAAAGGAAGAUACGUUAGACUCGGGUUGUCUUCGUCAUCAUCCUCGUGCAGUGACAAGGGAGAGCUGAUGAAGAAACACUCUUGGGAAUCCUACAAUCCAUUACCAAUGGACAUAAUAGGUGAUCCUGCUCACACUUCUAGUUAUUCUCAAGGUAUGAUUUAGUAAUAAGACAGAAGUAGAUGUAUACAUGUUAUUUAUUGAGCUGUAUUAACUACUUGCAGGCAGGGAUACAUCAUAACGUAUACACUACGCAGGGAGUUAAAUGGAGUUUCCUCCUUUUCGGUUACCACUUUUUGUCUUGUGUCUACAUCAGCUUUGUGACAUCUGUCAUGAAAGGAUUUUUAUUAUGAUACAUGUUAAAUUGAGACCUCAUGUACCACAAGCCUCAAAUAUUAGAAACUGCACCAUUUCUUCAAAGUGUUUAUUUUAUCCAAAAAGAAUUUCAAGAUGAAAUAAAUUUAUUUGCAAUCUCA